AUGUGUCUGAAUGUUUUGUUUGCUGUAGGAAUUGCCAGUAAAGAUAUACAUUGUCAGCCAGGUUGUACUCAAGACUCUGGGCAUCAAGUCGCCAAAGACACGGACAUAGAAGAUUUUGGAUUUGCAAAAAUAACUCUGAUCAAAAAGGAUGAUAGUCUUGGAGCGAGUUACCCUUUGGAUGAGGAGGAAUGUGUCAUUGGAAGUGGAAGAGAGUGUAAUAUAAAAGUGUCCCUCAAAAAUGUUGACAAGAUUCAUGCAGUUGUUUCAGUUGAAAGGUCGAAGGCUUACUUAACUAAUUAUAGUGAAAGCUUUCCUGUCAUUGUAAAUGGAGAAGCAGUUGAAAUCGGCCAAGAAUUGAAUAAUGGAGAUAUGCUGGUCAUUGGUGGCAGAAAGUUUCUGUUUAAUUAUGUAAAAAGACUUGGGAAUUUUUUAGAAGAUUCUGAAGGUUCAGAAGAUUUAGAGGCUUCAGAAGAUUCGGAGGAAUCAAUGGAGUUGACAGACCCUGAAGAUCCUGAUUAUGAGACGGAAAGUGAUGUAGUCAGUGAAAAUCCUGAUUAUGAGAUGGAGAUUAAUGGAGACCCUGAAAAUCCUGAUUAUGAGAUGGAGAUUAAUGGAGACCCUGAAAAUCCCGAUUAUGAGAUGGAAAGUGAUGGAGACAGUGUGAGAUCUGAAGAUAAUCAAGAACAAAAAGUGAGUUCAACAUCAGACAAAUCUAAGCACCAAAAGCGAAGAGUUGAGAAAUCGGACCCAACGACUGAAAUUAUUUCAAGCACAGUCAAUGUGGAUGAAGAAGUUCAUGUUCAGCAUUCAAAAAACAAAGAGGGAAUCCGUGUAUGGGAUAAACAACAUUUUUGUUUUUACUGCCAGAAAGGAUUUACAAAUAUUACUAAACACUAUUUGGGAGUGCAUGCAAAAGAAAAAGAAGUACAGCAGAUUGAAUCUCAUCCACUAAAUUCAAAUAAUAGAAAACUUGCACUUUUGAAACUUAGAAAUUCCGGUGACUAUCAACACAAUUGUGCAGUUUUGAAAACAGGACAUGGAACUCUUGUAACAUUUACAAGAAAUUGGAAUGAGGCAUCUGCCAAGCAGUUUCUGCCAUGUCAGUACUGCUUGGGUUUUUUCCUGAAAUCUUGUUUGUGGAGGCACAUUAAGAAUUGCCCUUUUGCUCCAGAAGAAAAAGAACAGAAAUAUAGGAAAGUCUCUUCACAAGCUUCACUUUUGCUUCCAACCAGCACAGAGGUUAGUCAUGGGCUUAGAGAGAAUGUUUUGAAUAGGAUGUCUGCGGAUGAGGUUAGCAUAGCAGCAAGAAAUGACACCAUCAUUGUUAAAAUUGGAGAAAAACUCUACCAGAAACAUGGGCACUUAACUCACUUGUACACACAUGUUAGCCAGAAAAUGAGAGAAUUGGGAAGACUAUUAAUUUCACUGAGAGAAAUUGAUGAAGACAUUAAUUCCCUUGAUGAUGCUAUCCAGCCCCAGAAAUUCCCAACUGUAGUGAAAUGCACAAAAACACUUUGUGGGUUCAAGGACAGUACAAAUUCAUAUGCAAACCCAUCAUUGGCUCUAAAGUUGGGUCAUUCUUUGAAGAAAUGUGCAAAAAUAAAAAAAUCUAUGGCCCUGAUUGAAGGAAGUGAAGAAUUGAGCAAAAAUGCAGAUGCAUUUUCUACUCUUUGUGAAAAUGAAUGGACCGAUUCCAUUUCUAGCUGUGCUUUACAAACUUUAAUGGCAAACAAAGUGAACAAAGGUCAAGGACUUCCUUUAACAGAGGACAUCCAAAAACUGCAAAGCCUUUUAAAGGAAAAGACAGAGAAACUAGUUGUUUUGUUACAGAAAUCAGUAACAAAAUCUGUGUGGGAUGAUCUGAAUCAGGUGACAUUAGCUAGACUGGUGAUGUUUAACAGGAGAAGAGGAGGUGAAGCAGAAAGAAUAACUGUUCAAGCUUUUUGUGAGAAACGAUCAAAGAAUGACUCUCUGAAAGAAAUAGAAGAUUCGUUAAAACCUCUUGAAAGACUUCUGUGUAAAACAUUCUCAAGAGUUGAAAUUCGAGGGAAACGAGGUCGUACUGUUCCUAUCCUGCUAACUCCAGCACUUGAGAGAAGCAUUAAUUUGCUUAUUGAAACCAGAAAACUGGCUGGUGUGAAUCCAAAAAAUGUGUAUGUCUUUGCAAGAUCUAGCUUUGAUUCACUGAACCCUAUUCGAAGUUCAGAUUGCCUUCGAAAAUUUGCAUUAGAAUGUGGCGUUACAAAAGCUGCUAAUAUAACGAGUACCAAACUGAGGAAGCACGUAGCAACUGUUUCCCAAAUACUCAAUUUGGAAAAGAAUGAUCUGGAAAUCAUGGCAGGCUUUCUUGGACAUGACAUAAGGAUUCAUAAUUCAUUCUACCGACUUCCAAAUGACACUCUGCAGAUUGCAAGAAUGGGAACAAUUUUAACUGCUUUUGACAAUGGUGACAUCUCAAAGAUAAAAAUGAGGCUGUUUAUUGUAGACAUAAACUUGGAUGGGGAUGUUGAUGAUGAUGAUGAUGAAGUGGAAGAUGAUGAUUACAAUGCAGAGGAAAGUGAAGCAGUCAGAGAAAAGGAAAUGGAACCAAAAGCUCCUAAACCCUCAAGAGGAAAAAGUAUUUGCCGACUGAAUGAGAAAGAAGUAAAGAUCAUACGAAAGAUUUUCCAAAUGAAUAUACUUCAUCACAAAGAGCUGAGAAAAAGAGACUGUGACAAAGCACUUCAUGAACAUAAAGAAUUGAGACGAUUAAGUUGGAAAAAAAUCAAAAACACCGUUCACAAUUACAUCACACUUGAGAAAAAAAAGAAAAAGAAAAUGAGCAAGUAAAGAGUGUAAAGCCAAGCAUCUCUUGUUUAUGUAUUAUUUGACAGUUAACUGUUCACAAUUAAUGAACUUGCUCUUAAGCUAGAGAUCUUCUUUAGACUAGCUUAAUGAUGCAUAUUUUUGCUUCAUUCUGAGGUACAAGUAAAGGGAUCAGCUUGUUUUAAGUAACCUUAACAUUAUUCACACAAAUGUAGCAGUAAUGAAAUGAAUCUUAACAUUUCAAAUGAAUCUGUAUAUCAUAAAUAUCACAUCUGGUCAUCAUUACCUCUUUUUGAAUGGUUCACUGUUUACCUCUUUUUGUCAGUUGAAAAGUAUAUAGUUUAUACAAGAAUUAAGUUGUUUUUUUGAAAGGCUGUUGUAUUUUU